CUUCAGGUGGGAGAAGGAACCACUGUUGUAGGUGAUGAAGACCCCCCGAUGGGGCCGAGGCACCGACUGUGGACCUCGUGGACCCGGUGAUUGUGGACUUCUUGCUGGGACGUUCUUUCAUACGGGUUUAAACCUCUUCAGCGGAGAGUGCAGGUUUAUUUACGAUGCGUCAUUGGCGACAUAUUCGUCUCUGCCGCGAAACCACCAGGGAACUAAUAUUAAUACCUAAUGAAUCAUUCUAUAGGUUAAUAGGUCACCUCGGCCAGUUACUUCCGCGUUGCCGCGCGACCCGUCGUCAUGGUUACGAGACAACUCGUUCCCGUCAGCAACCAGUAGCGUCAGCAGAGGAGACAUCAGCAUCAUGUCCGGCCCCCCUUCAGAGAAGACCCAGACCAGUGAAGACCUCCCGUCCGCGCUGAAGAAGACCCUCACUCCCACGGUGACCUUACCGCCCCUCCGCCCGGAUCGCUGUGGCCCCGUGCCGCGGCCUCCGUGCAGGCGGAGCCCCCCCUCCAGAGGCGCCCCCCCCGGCGCGGUGGAGCUCCCUCGCCUGGGGGCCCGAGGGAGACCCGGCAGCGCCACAGGGACCACGAGGUGGACAGAAGGACCUGGAAGGGCCUCCAUGCCUAUGAGCCUCUCCGAGGACGGUGAAUCUUUAAAAGCGACGACGUGUGAGGACGAGAACAUGACGCGUGGGAAUGAUGGGGAAGCGUGUGGAACGACACAGGUUCCCCUCACAGGCACGGAGGUGGUUCACAUCCUCGCUCGCAAAGACUCGUUAGAGUUUGAUCUUUAUUACCUGAGAGAAGUGGAGGGGGAGUGUCCCAGACCCUACGACCUGCGAGCCGUCCGGUCCAGCCAGGCGGGCUCCGAGUACUACGUUUUCUCCCCUGGUGCGGUGCUCCACGUCACAAGGGGGCGUCCCGGGGGACUCGUCAGUCUGGCCCAGUGGUACCGAGAGGCGCUGGCGUGGAAAGCGCUGCAGGGAAUUCCCUUCUUCAGGGACUUCAGACGGCAGAGAGCGUUCACCAGGUGGCGAAGGAAUGUGCGCAAGAUUGUUUUCCAGCGCAGGUGUCGGGUUCUGCAAGAUCAGCUGCUCACGUCCGUUCCUCGGUUCAGAAAGGCUCUCCUCGAGUUCACCAGAUUCUCAACCUCCUACAGGGUAAUGGAAGAAUUGAGAGAGACUAGUCCGCUGCCCCAGGACGGGUCUCACACCUUCACACUGCUGGAGUUCACGAACCUACUGAGGACCACGAAGCAGGAGCUCCUGCAGAGGCUGGAGAAGUUCUCGCGUCAUCGCGCUGCCACCCUAAACACGGUGAAGGAGGACAGCUACCUGGCUCACCAGGAGCUGCAGCGACACCUGGAAUCGGCUAGAAGGACUCCCGGGGACUGCGAGGACGCCAUCCACCUGCAGCUGGCUCACCGGCGGGAGCUGCAGAGACGGGCGGCCCGGUCCCGGGGCGUCCUGCACAAACUGGGCCGCUGGUCCGCGCUGGUGGACCACAUGACGCUGCAGAGCCUCGUCAGCGUCUUCCAGAGAGACGUCCGGUCCUUCCUCAGGGGCGUCGUGAAGAGGCAGAAGCCUCAGCAGGGAUGGCUCUUCCUCACCCAGCUGUGCGUGGGGGUCAGCGGGGGUCUGAGGGUGGAGCCCCCCAUCCAGCGGUUCCAGAAAGCCGUGAGCCGAGCGCUCCUCACUGCGGGCCACUCGUUAAUCCAGAUGUGUGAAACAUGUGGAUUCUUCCUGGAGACCAGCGACAGCUUCUUCACCUCUGAUUCCUCUCAGGUUUUAACCUCUGACCUCAGUCGUCUGGAACACGGUCCGUCCCCGGAGGAGAGCAGCGAUGGAGCGACUGGUCGCAGGAUGUUCUGCUGCAGGCUCAGAGGCUUGUCGGCUCGCCGCCUGCAGCCUCCUGAGGCCUCCCCGCUAUCGGCGCGGGGCAGAAGCAUGCACUGCUGCUACCAGCGCCUCCUCAAAGCCCAGCUGCAGUGGCACAUCAGCACCGGCGACGUCACAGAACGGGUGGAGAAAGAGCAGGUCGACGUCAUGCAGGAAGCUGAGCGGGACGUCCUGCGGCUGUGUGAGAGCUACGCGUGGCUAACGGAGGUCCAUGCGUUCCUCAGCCAGUGGAGUCCAGCCUCCCUGGAGUCCCUGAAGGGUCGGCCGUCUGCACUGUACCGGCAGCUCCUAGAGAAGGUGGCUCACUGGGCCGAGAGAAUCCUCGCUGUUCCCUCGUCCAUCUCCACCGGCAACCAGCUGUUCAUCAUCCAGUGCACCGGCAUGAAGGAAAGGCUCGGGCUGCAGCUCAGGCGGGUGGAGGAGGAGGUGAUGGAGCUGCUCUCGCAGCAGGUAAAGCUGCUCUCUGAGAGCCUGACGGCCGACCUGGAGGAGGCUGCUGCCAAACUGAAGACGGACCCCCGAGACCUGCUCCACCUGUCAACGUACGCGCUCACGGUGAGGGACAAUGAGGAAUCGGCGAGCGAGGCGAGGAAGCGUUUGGACUACAUCCGCUCCCUCCAGGACACCGUUGGCAUGAACUGGAGGAAGAUGACUGAAGAGGAGGUGGCGUUGCAAGGAAAGCUGCUGGCCACGUGGGCCGACUUCCUGCCUCUGCUGGAGCGAGCAGGAGGCGUCGUGUGCAGCCGCCUUCCCUCGAUGGUCAGCGCCGUGGACGCGGUGUUCUCAUAUCUGACCCGCGACCUUAAAGGCCUGGUCUCUGAAGCCACGUCGGGACCCUUCGUCGACCCGACGCAGGACGCCAAAGACAUGGCGUCCGAGCUGAGCGGCGCGUGGACGCGCGUGCACGACCUCAUCGCAAAGCUGGAGCAGCUUAGCGGCGACAGCCAAAACCUCAGCGGACGGCCGAUGGAUCUGACCAGCUGGACAACAGAAGGUCAGAAGGUCAAAGCCCGUUUUGAGUUGUGGGAGCUGAGAGCUGAGCUCUCGACGUGGAUGGACGAAUGGAAACUGCUGCUGCUCAGUGAGGUUGUGGUGUCACAAGCUCAAGGAAAUAUUUCCAAGUGGAAGGAGCGAGCUCUUUCUCUAACAAGUAUCGUGCCUACCCAUGAUGCAGUGCUGCAGGAGACUUUAGGGACCCUGGAAAAGCUAAGCUGUCAGCUUGCUGUCUUGGCCGAGCUGCAGAGCCCUGCGCUCAAACACAGACACUGGAACGCCAUUUUUAAAGACAUGGGCCGACCGUUUGUCCCAGAGAAGAAGGUGACCGUCUCUCAACUGACGUCUGAACAGCUGGACCAGACACUAGUUAGCAAGGUGUGCAGGGAUGCACAGGUGGAGUGCGGCAUGGAGCAGACCUUCCAGAAGCUUCAACGAGGGUGGAGAGCCAGACUCUUCCAGCUGGAAGUUUGGCAGCCUGCAGAGCCCCAACGUGGAUUAACAGAGACGGAGAAGCCUUCGGAGGGCAGCGCCCAACAGCGAUUCAUCGUCAUCGGUCUGGAAAUACACCUGGCUGAGAUAGAGAGUGAACUGAUGGCUCUGUCCGCCAUGAGGACGUCUCCACACAGCGAUGAUUUCAGGCCGCAGAUGGAACAUUGGAUGCAAUCACUGAAAGAUCUCGGGAGGCAACUUUGUUCACUUGAAAGAUACCAGCAACUGUGGACCUUCCUGACCAAGACGUUACAUGACACAUGCCGGAGUGGUCAGAGAGUGGACCUGCUGGAGCAAUUCCAACCAGUGGAUGAGACAUUUAGGGAGAUGAUGCUCACUGUGUCAAGUGACCCUCGCGUGUUGAAUUUUGUUCAUUCGAAGAAGACGAAUGACAGAUUCCACGGGGAGAGCCUUCGCCAGAUUCUCAUGGACGGUCUUUCCACGAUGGAGGUCAUUUCCAACCAAAUGGUGGACCUCCUGGAGACCCUCUGUGACCAGUUUCCAAGACUGUGGUUUUUAAGUGACAGGGAAGUGAUCCAACUUCUCUCCCUCCGCCCAACACCUUUCACCCUGCAGCGCUUCGUGCGGCGAUGUUUUACCGGCGUACGUCGGCUCGAGGUGGACCGUGAACCGCUGUCUUAUGUAGAAGGCGGUGGGGCUGCAUCUCAAAGCUACAGACAGUUGAACGUCCUGGGCUUCUUCGGCAGCCUCCAGGAGCACGUCGCCUUUACGUCUCCUUUGGAACCAAAUUGCAACGCCUUGGUUUGGCUGGAGGCCUUUGAGAAGCAGCUGAAGUCGACCAUGGUGCACCGCAUUCAACAAUGUGCUGCUGCGCGAAACCAGCUCGAACCGUCCAGCCAAGAUUUGUCAUUCAGUCAGGAGGUCGGAGACAUCCUGUCCAACGCUGCUGGAAAGAGGAAAAUUCUGCUCCCUCUUCUGGAUCUGCUGUCUGGACAUCCUCUUCAGUGUCUGCUGGUGGCCGAGGAGGCUGUGUGGUCCGGGUCGGUCCUACGAGCUCUCCAAGAGGCAAACCCAGUGGGGUUGAGCAACGUGAAGGCAUACAACUCUGCAAAGCUGAGAGCCCUGGCUUGUUUCAUGAGGGACGGAUUGACAGGAGCCCAACGGGAACCUCUGGUUUCCAGGUACACAAUGAUGUGUGUUCGGGCUCUGGUGCAGCUAACGAUGAAGCACGCGCAGCAGCUGUCUCGCCUCAUGGAGGUGCAAUGUGCGCCAGAGUCGUCCUUCGAGUGGCUGAGUUGGAUCAAGUACCACGUGAAGGAGGGCAGUGAUGAUCCAACGUGUUACGCCGAUGUGUUAGGCCAUCGACUCCAAUAUGACUACGAGUAUUCUGGUCCAGAAGAUUGGGUGAUGGUGCACACUCCGUCCACAGAUCGGGCCACACUGGGGAUCCUCCUGGCUGUGACGAGCUACAGGUGUGGGUUUGUGAGGGGACCCAACAUGGCCGGAAAGGAAACGACCACGGUCCAGUUGGGAAGAGCUUUGGGUCGUCAGGUCGUCGGCGUGCAAUGUUGUCCGAGCACGAGCGCUGGUGUGGUUGAGCGGAUGCUGCGGGGCGCCCUGCAGACCGGGGCGUGGCUUCUGCUGCAAUCUGUGCACCUUCUGACACAAGAGGUCCUGACCCUGCUGGGGCAGCGUUUAAUAGACAUCAGACAGUCCUUUUCUCAAUUAGCGAGAGAUGAGAAUCAGGCAGUGAAUCCGGAGCCAAGCGACGGGCUCACAACCCUUUUUGGUCCAGACCUCCGGAUGACACUCGCAGGUAAAAGCGUGUCUGCAAGACGAGGCUACGGAUGCGUUCUCACGUCAUCGCAGGGGGAUGCGUUCCAGGUUCCGGAGAGUCUGCGACGUGCCACCAGACCCGUUGCGUUAACCCAUCCGGAUUACAAAAUCAUCACGGAAGUAAUGCUGACGUCCACUGGCUUCUCACAGGCGGCGCCUUUGAGUCGACGCCUGGUGGCCCUGGUGGAACUGGCCCGCGAUUCAUCCUGUCUGCCCGAUUUCCUCUCCGACCACCAGAGCUCCUACCUUGUAGUCUUGCAAAAGAUCAUCUCCGCCUCCGAAAUCCACUUACAACAAAGUGUACGGGAACGGGAAAUCUCAGUGGAGGCUAAAGGAGCGGCCGCAGAACAAAGCCAUCUUGGUCCUUCACGAGGUUUAAGUGCUGAAAAAGGUGGAAAAGAAACCGAACAGCCUUCCAGGUGUCGCCGUUCUCACUUGUCGAUUGUUCAAGGAUUAAUGGAGGAGACAGCGCUUGUGAAAGCCAUUCUCUCCGUCUACCUGCCGGUUCUUUAUGAUCAGAAGAACGCCUCACGGUUCUACGUCGUUUGCAAGGAGACGUUCCCGAUAGCGUGCCAGUUUCCUCUUUUCCAGCAGUACUUUGAUGAGGAAGAAAAGAUCCAACUGAAAGAUGCAGUUACAGAAGAAUUACAAAGGAAACGGCUUCAAGCUGAUGCUGAAAUCAUUCGCAAUGCUGUCACACUGUAUCAGACCGUGAGGUCCUCUCGGGCAGUGAUGCUUCUCGGCCCUUCGGGUAGCGGAAAGACGACCUGUUACCGCGUUGUAGCCGGAGCCCUCAAUCAUCUGGCUGCCCAGGCAGAAGAACAUCUGUUUCAAAGGGACAAUCUCACCGGAGGACGAGCCCGACAGGCAGAUGGACAGAUACCUGCUUCCACCUGGAGCUCUGUCCAAACUACGGUCUUAUUUCCUCACGCCAUGUCCCACCAAGAGCUAUUCGGCUACUGCUGCGAGGAGAGGGGGUGGCGAGACGGAGCCAUUGCAAAGGCACUGAGGGAUUCGGGUCAGAGCGAACCCACGAGCUCUCUGACCGGCGAGCAAAAGCAGAGCGCUCACACCGCCGGCAGGUGGCUGGUGAUGGAUGGGAAUCCCGCGGGGCGGCCCGGCUGGUUGGACUACUUGACCGCCAUGUGCAGUCCCGAGUGGCCGUUUCUCAGCUUGGCGUCGGGUGAAAAACUGCCGUCCCGAUCGCACCUGAAGCUACUCGUGGAGGUCACUGACCUACGUGAGGCCGGCCCCUCUGCACUGACCCGCUGCAGCCUGGUUUACCUCGCGGCUACGGACCUGUGGAGGGCCGUGUGGAAGAGUGAGAUGGAAGCUCUCGUGUUUGAAGACAAAGUGGAUCAAGGAACCUUGAAAGUGUGGAGUCUUCUGGCUGAAGAUCUUUUCUCCAGCACACUCGACUUGCUCAGGCAAAGAGAUCUGAACUCUGCGGGGAACAGCGAGGGAGAAUCUGUGGAAAGCGCCACGUACGGACUACAAGAAGUCACGUCAUUUGUUCGGAUCCUACGAGCUCUCCUACAGCAGUUUUGGACAGAAGUGGAGAAAGAUGAGCAGACGCCACGAAUGGACCCAAAAGAUGCCCUUCAACACAGCGGCAGAACAUUGGACGCCCACAGUAGUCAACACUUGAUGGCCAGGAACCUUUUUCUGGCGGCUUACAUCUGGGGAUUUAGUGGGAAUCUGCAUCCUCGCCUCCGACCACAGUUCGAUUCGCUUGCACGUCAGGUUCUGUUUUCCUGCCGGUACAAAAUUGUGGUUCCCGAUGAAGAGAGUGUGUUUGGUCACUUUUUAAACAUCGACAGCAGAAACACACCGCCGACAAACUGCGUCACUCCCAAGUUCAGCGAAUACACCCGUCUGCUGAAGCUCCUGGUGGAGGCCAACCAGCCGGUGAUGCUCGUCGGGGAGCCGGCUUCCGGGAAAAGCGCUCUGUGCAAAGCCUUGCUGGGCUUUGACAAGCCGCAUGUUCACCUACCGGCCGGCUCGCUGCUGAGCGCCGGAGACCUGCGCACCGUCCUGAGCAGCGUCCGCCGCAAGGAGACCCGCGAGGUCCCUCGAGGCUCCGCGACCAGGCGGCCGGGACUCCUUCUCUUUGUGGACGAUGUCCACGAGGCGCCCUGUGAUGUCUUCGGGAAGGUGUCAACAGCUCUGGAGACGCUACGACAGAGUAUUUCAACGGGACACGUUUUAACAUUUGACGGUUACCACUUCCGCUCGUUGGCCGCCGGAACCGUCGGCUACAUGGCCACCUGCUGUGCCUCCGGAUCCGCCAAUCGCCACGGAAACGCAAUGUCCCCCAGGCUCUCGCGCCUCUUCUCCACCUUGGUGCUGCCCCACCUGUCCCUGGACCUUUUACUGUCCAUCCAUUCUCCUCCGCUAGAGAUGUGGCUCAAAGACACGGCGCUCCAGCACAGCGGCGAGGAGAUGGCGCGCUGCAUCAUCACUGCCACCGAGCGUCUCUACGCAGCCGUACGCGAGCGCUUCCUGCCCGCUGUGCCGGCGCCCCAUCUCGUAUUCUCCCAUCAUGACCUUCAGAAGGUGUUUAGGGGCAUGUGCCUGUGGCAGCCAAACAUCCCAAACACGGGGACCCUGCAGGACCAGGAGCGUCCUCCUGCUUCCGUCCUGAACGUAGCACGUCUCUGGAUGCACGAGUGCACGCGUACGUUCAGUGACCGGUUACGCUCAGAGGACGAAAGAAAGACGCUGUGGUCCCUCGUAGCCGAGACGGCAACAGCUCACUUCGGGUCAACUGAGGCAGCAGGUUGGAGGUUAGAUCCACAAAACCCACAAGAGCCAGAAGCAGCUGGCCACACAGAACCUGCACAUGGAAACAUCAGCUCGGAGGCUGGUCCCAAGCCUCCCCACGCUGACCAGCACGCCGGGGGCGCAACAGCUGAGCUCGUAUACGCCCCGCGGCUCUCCGAGGCCUCAAUGGAUCCGCUAGCAGGUUUUAAGCACGGCGCGUCCUAUCGGUGCAGAGACCUGGAUGUUCUGCUGCAGGAUCUGCGAGCUCUCGUUGACAGCAAAGAGGAAGACAAAGGACAGAAAGGCGAUGAAGACCACAGCAUUACCCACAGAUGCAUGGUCCACAAACAGAGGCUCCGCCAGCUGCUGCACGUCCUCAGGGCGCUGCUCAUACCCGGAGGUCACGGAGCGCUGAUUGCCUCGGACCGAGACACGGGCCGUAAAACCACGGUGCGUUUAGCCGCCCAGCUGACGGGCUGCCGGUUGAUGGAGGUGCAUCCCGGUAACGAGCGCGAGCUGCGCGACAUCCUGAAAGAAGCCGGGAAUCGAACCAGAGAGGACGGGGUCCGCGUGGUCGUGCUGGUCCACGAGGCAGUCAGCCGCUCGGUCAGAGCGGCGCUGCUGGUGGCGAUGGCUCAGCCCGCGUACCCGGCGCUCUACACGGACGAGCCGCUGACAGACCUGGUUUCCAGAGUGACAGCUGCCAAGACCUCCAGGAGGCACCUGAUGGACAGCUGGAUGCUGGAGACGUUCUUGAGCCGAGCUCACAGAAACGUGCACGUGUUCCUGUUGCUUCCUUUCACCACGACACCGGCCAACAGUGGACUCUAUGGACGAGAUCUCGCCAAGGCCCUGAGCCUCUGCAGCUGUGUGGAGGUUUACCCGCCGUGGUCCGCCCAGUCCUUAGUGGAAGUUGCUACUCACUGGCUCAGAACGGAGGAGGGCGGAGGCCCAGCGGCCGGCCUGCCUGUGGCCAUGGCAUCGAUCCACCGGUCUGCAUGCCGGUACGCCGCCGCGCUCCUCGCGGCUCGGACCUUCGGCCCUCAGACUUACACCGAGUUCAUUGGCAACUUUGGUUACCUCGUCCACCAUCUGCACAAUCAGCAGCGGAGCCAAGCCGACAGAGUGGCAGCGGUUGUGUCCCGCAUGGAGGCCCUGAGCAGCACAGCCCUGCAGCGCAGACAGAUCCUCAGGAGGCUGCAGGAGAAGGCUGCUGACACGCUGCAGCGGCAGAGCGACCUCCUCCGGGCGGCACACCUUCAGAGGAGGCUGCUCCAGGAGGCCCAGGAGGCGCGUGUAACCGAGGAGAACACGCUGCGUCACCUGGAGGAGCAGCUCCGUCGCGCUGAGAAACCGACAGGACCUGUGUUCCUGGCGGCCCUCAAGACCCUCAGUUGUCUGAACGAGGAGGACCUGGAGGAGGUGCGUCACUACAGAGACCCCCCCGAUGGGGUGGUGCGGGUCACGGACGCCGUCUGUCUGCUCUUCAACCGUCCUCUGGGCUGGGAGAGCGCACGGCAGCUUCUGGGACAGUCCAACUUCUUCCAGGUGUGUGGACGGGUGGUGAUGAGGAUGCUGACAGAGCCGAUGCGACCGGAGACCGCGGCCGCGGAGGCCGCGCGUCGACUGCGGCUGGCAGAGUGGCGCCUGGAGGAGGAGCUCCGUCGCCAGGAGGAGGCAGAGCUCCGACUGCAGCUGGUACAAAAAGAAGUGGAGGAGGAACAGCUGGAGCUCCUCACAGCGGAGAACUCCGAGAGAGAAGCUGCUUCCGCUGCAGACGAGAUGGAGACACACCUCAGAGGCUGCAGGGCCGCUGCUCAGGAGCUGAAGCUUGAGGAGCAAUCCCUCCGAGGAGACGCCCUCAUCCUGGCUGCCGUCGUCUCUUAUUUGGGUCCCUUUGGACCCGACGUACGCACGCAGCUGCUGAGUAAGUGGAGGCAGCUCCUUGAGACCGGGAGCAUAGACGUGAACCCAGAAGACCCCAGAACCUCCCUAUUCACACGCCCCGUGUCCACGCCCCCUCGCCCCCCCCUCGGCUUCCCCAUCCCCGCGUCCCACAGUCCUCUUUGGCCUCUGGCUCGGGCUCUGGGCCUCCACCGGGACGCUGCGCCCGCCAGGCCGCUGGAGAAGCUGCUGCUGUGGGGCUGCGACAGCGCCUGUGCUCGGCGCUGGCCUCUGCUGGUCGACCCCCAUCGACCCCCCAACACCAGCUCCCACAGCUGCCCCCGUGCAGCGGCUACAUGCUACAUGCGGCUGCAGGAGGAGACGCGCUGCGAGCUGCUGCUCUCUGCCGACGACCCGGAGCUGCUGGACCGGCUGGACCAGGCUGCGCAGAGAGGCCUGAGGGUCCUGCUGACCCGCGUGGAGCGAGCGCCUCCUGACCCGGCUCUUCUGGCCCGACUGCGGCGCCCGGCUCCUCGUCAGCGCCUCUGUGCGACCCACCCGGGCUUCCGCCUGUUCCUCAGCACCCGUCUGCCCGUCCAGCUCCUCCGCGGCGGCAUCCACCCGUCCAUCUUGGCUCGGGUCGGCGUGGUCGACCUCUCCCCGAGCUCCGACGAGAUCCAGGAGCUGAUGCUGAGUCAGCUGCUGCAGGCCGAGUGCAGCGAGCUGCUGCUCCAACGCCGCCGGCUCCGGCGUGACGAGCGGAUGCUGCAGGAGAGACUCGUCUCUGAGGAGGACUCCCUGAUGGACUACGUCCUGCAGUCCAGCGCCUCGCCGCUGCAGGACGCUGCUUUCCUGCCGUACGCCGCCGCCCGUCGGGAGGCGACCACCAGGCUGCAGGCCGAGGCCCGGCGGCUGGCGGCGGAGCGGCGGCGCCACGAGUCGCUGCUGGCGGCAGCGCGGCAGCUCACUGGGCUGGCGGCGUCUUUCUACCGGGCUCUGCAGGAGGUUUCCCGCCUCUCCCCCGCCUACUACUUCUCUCUGCGCCGCUUCCUCGCCGCCACGCAGGAGGCGCUCGCCGGGAGGGAGGCGCCGCUGCUCUCGUGCCCCGCUGGGGCAGCGGAGGUCACGCACCGCAUGGUGGGCCGGCUGCUGGGCGAGUACGGGCCUUCUCUGUGCCGGAGCCACGCGGCGGCGCUGGAGCUGCUGCUCGCCGCAGAGCUGAUGCGUAACGGGGGUUUGACUCCGAAGCCCGAAGCGACGUCCUUCCUGCGGAGCUUCGGGAACUGGGAAGUCCAGUCCCAGAAAGCCAGCAUAACAUUUUACCCGAUGUAUGUUGGACCCUAUUUUAACUCAAAUUGA